AUGACAGUAACCAUAAAAUUAGAAAACGCUUUUAAAUUAAUUCCACUAUGCACAGGAAUAGACGAUAUCUAUCCAUUCAUAAAUGCAUGCGAUAUGGCAGUAAGUUUAGUCGACACAAACAGUGCACCAACGCUAGUAAAAUAUAUUACCACACGUUUAACGGGUAGAGCAUUAGAAAUGAUUAAAUACAAAAAUGUAUCGAAAUGGCAGUUUAUAAAAAAUUAUUUAACAGAUGCAUUUGAGGUAACAACUACGGCAUCGCCGUUACAACUUCAAUUAAAUUCGAUUAGAAUGAACCACGAUGAGGAUGUAAACGAUUAUUGCCAUAGAGUAGAGAAACUAUAUUAUCAGUUAUGUGCCGUAAGUACAUUAGGCAAAGAACCUGCAGAAGCAAAAAUUAUAUAUGAUAUAUUAAGGGAACAAACUCUAGCGAUAUUUAUUAAAGGAUUAGUAGAACCGAUUAGAACAAUAGUAAAAUCUCGCAAUGCUAAAACUCUGGAAAUCGCGAAACAAAUCGCCAUGUCAGAACAAGUAGAACUAAGAUUAGAACAGGAAAAUAGAAACCAUUAUUCGAAUAUUCAUUCCAAAAUUAUAACCAGCGCAGAUCGAAUUACGAAAAUAGGAACAACGAAAACAUUAGACCAAAUAACCCUGUAA